UGAGGUGUGGCAAGUUGAAAAGCUGAACAACAUGUCAACUACAGUACCUAACGCGCAAUGCGCUGCACAAAGCGUUGGGGACUUCAGCAGCAUGGUGAAUAUGCUACUGCAGACGCUGCUUACAGCACAAUGCGCUAUCUCACCGCCCGAGCUCUGGCCACCGGACUACGCGGAGUCGGCGCUGAAACACGGUUUGGAAGAAUAUGAUUUUGUAGUGAUAGGUGCUGGCUCGGCGGGUUCCGUUGUAGCAAGUCGACUGAGCGAGAACCCAAAUUGGAAGGUGUUAGUUCUGGAAGCAGGUGGCGAUCCGCCACAGGAGUCAGAGGUACCCGCAAUGAUGUAUUCUGCGCAACAUACAAAUGCCACAUGGAAUUACUUUACGGAGUAUAGCGACAAGUCGUGCUGGGCUUAUAACGAGCGUCGUUGUUAUUGGCCGCGUGGCAAAAUGAUAGGUGGCACCGGUGGCAUAAAUGUCAUGAUUUAUGUGCGUGGCAACCGCAAGGAUUACGACAGAUGGGCGCACGACGGCAAUAGAGGUUGGGGUUGGGAUGAUGUAUUGCCGUAUUUUGAACGUUCAGUACGUCCAGUGGGUAAUCAGACACAUCCACGGGGUUAUGUUACCAUCAAUACAUUCCCAGUCAACGAUCUGGAUGUGGAACAAAUGAUCUAUGCAGGUGCCGCUGAGUUGGACAUACCGCGUGUGCUCAGCAUCGGCGAUGGCAGCGCAAUGGGUUAUACCAAUUUACCGGGCACAAUAGCGAAUGGUCGCCGUAUGAGCACCGGAAAGACUUAUCUAUCUAGUGUCUCUAAACGACCCAAUUUGGAUGUGUUGAAAAAUGCCCAUGUGACCAAAAUGAAUUUCGAUGAGAGUGGCAAGAACGUGCGUUCGGUGAGUUUUGUGCUGCAGGAUAAAUACGAAAUGAAAGUGCAUGUGGGUAAGGAGUUGGUAUUAUCAGCUGGCACAAUAGAAUCACCAAAACUGCUGAUGUUAUCCGGUGUGGGACCAGCACAGCAUUUGACUAACUUGCACAUACCAGUUAUACAUGAUCUGCCGGUCGGCGAGAAUUUGCAAGAUCAUGUUAAUAUAAUUACAUUCAUUAAACUAAAUGAGCUCAGAGCGAAGCCGUGGACUACGCAGCAGUCGUUUGACGCCACCUACAACUAUCUCAUACAUCAGCGUGGACCGCUCGCCUCUCAAGGAACCGGUUCAUUGGCCGGUUACGUAAAUACGCUGAAGAAUGGUCCAUACCCAGAUGUCUCAUUUCAUCAUUUCAUCUUUCGUAGGGGCGACUUCGGAGGUCUGCAAAGUUUUCUAAAUGGCUUGACAUUUACUGAGCAUUUUAAAAGCCAACUAAAUAAAGUACUAGAAACUGCUGAUAUUUUGGGCAUGAUGAACGUGCUCUCAUAUCCAAAGUCCAAGGGUACUAUACGUCUGCGUAGCGCCGACUACAGAGCACCGCCUUUACUUACACCAAAUUAUUUCUCUGAACCCGAAGAUAUUGCCACCCUAAUACGCGCCAUGCGUUACCAGGCGCAACUACUCAACACCACUGCUUAUAAGGAGAUGACAGCAACGCUAUUGCGUCCCUCAAUUGACGAGUGUGAUGCUCAUAAGUUCCAGAGCGAUGAAUACUGGCGUUGUUACAUCAAAUAUUUCUCCACCACCACUUAUCAUCUCACGGGCACGGUGAAAAUGACACCUGAAACAGAUGAGACGGGCUGUGUGGAUCCACGUUUGCUUUUGGACGGUUGUGGAAAUGUGCGCGUGGCCGAUGCGAGUAUUAUGCCGUUGAUACCGAGUGCCAAUACGAAUGCGGCGACAAUUAUGAUUGCCGAAAAGGCAGCAGAUUUCAUAAAAGAAGAUUGGCAGCAUGAUGAGGACGACGACUUCUCAUCAGAGGAAGUCGAAGGGGGAGGAGAAGGAGGCGCAUGGUAUUUUGGAAGUUAAGAAGGAGAAAGUGCAGAUAAUAAGACACAUAGUUGUCAAACGGUAUACAGUCUUAUUCGCCUGCAAUACUGCUAAAACAUUUACAAUUUUGGAUGAAGUUAAUUCUUUUUAAUAAAUUAGGAUAUUCUCAAUAACCAUGAAUCAUUUCUGUAUAUUGUGGAUACUAUUCUGAAUUUCAAGGAGCACUUCUUAGAGUUCGGUCCUUGAGCAACUUCACAAUUCCCUUUUCUACUGCUUUCCGGCUUCUAAGGAGCGUGGUAGUCGUAGAACUAUUUCCAGAUUUUCAACAUUUCUUCUAAAAAAUCUGCAUUAAUUUUAGAAAAUGAAUGUCAUAGGUAUAAUUGAGACAGAACCGUCUCGGAGAUCGUCAGGAGUGAGCUUUUAUUAUACUACCACAAUCAUAAAUGACCUGGACGAUAUGAGGAACCGGUAUACAUUGGUCCAUCCUCGAGACAUAAAGUAUUCGGCACGCACCCUGAUAAGAUCGUAAAGUAACUUAAUGCUGUACUCAACACAGCUUGUCACCGGCUGAUGUGUUCUGCUGGUGGGAAUAUAAAGGUCUGUUAAAGUAAUAUUAUAUAUAAAAAUGAAAUAUUCAAGAGCAGGAGUCAAACUUAGAAUGAAGCGUCCUACUGUGCCAGAGUGAGAGUGGAUUGGUUGUGGCGAGGAAUCACUGAUAGACCUGAUGACAUACAUUCGACUAUAGUCUUUAAUGUACGUUAAGAAAUAUCAUGGGGCACAUUUCAGCUCAUAUCAAAAAAAAAA